AUGCUCUCGACCGGUACUGCUCGCGCCGGCGCUGCCCUUGCGGCACCGCUCACCCACGGCCGCACCAACCAGACCUACACCGAGGCCCUCUUCAUCAUCAACAACAGGGAUGCGCAGGGCGUGUGGAAGCUGAUCAGUUUCAGCGUGACGGGGGCCUCCGUGCUGACUCCGCCUUUGGCCCAGGAGGGAGUACAGCCCAGCGACAAGUGGAACGUUGCCUACAGCUUCAUGACUUCGACCGCAGGCGUCGCCUGGUUUGAGGUCGACUAUGCCAAUGGCAGGUCGUCGCCCAUACACAUGAGCAGCCUCAACCAUUUCAGCAACACGACCGAUUCCUCCAGCGAUUACGACGCCGAAGGCGGCAAGGGCUUCCUGUUCUCCUUCGACUACGCGACCAACUGA